AUGGAACAAAUGACAUUCGAAUUUGAUCCCGACUCAAUUGGACAUUUCUCCUUUCUCCAGAACGAGAGCCAUCAUGCCCAGUGCGAGCCCGAUGGCUCUAACACCGAACCCUCCGCCAGCUGCUUCUUGCAGCCAUGGCAUUCUUUCGACUGCGGCGGUGACUCCAUCUCUGGCGUGGCCUCCCUGGCCUUUCGCGAGGAUCUUGCGUCGUUGUCCGGGGAGCACGCCAACCGCGAGGGCGCUCCGUCCGCAGGCGGCGGCGGCGGAGGCGACGGCGGUGCCCGCUGCCCCGCAAGCAGCCUCUACCCGCCCGUGCUCACGCACCAGCCCUACCAGGUGCAGCGCACGGCUGCCAACGUCCGCGAACGCAGGCGGAUGCUGAGCAUCAACUCGGCGUUCGAGGAGCUGCGCUGCCACGUGCCGACCUUUCCCUACGAGAAGAGGCUGUCCAAGAUCGACACGCUGCGCCUGGCCAUCGCCUACAUCGCCCUCCUCCGAGAUAUCCUCCUUUCGGACACCGACCCCAAAGCCUACGUCGACGAGUGCAUCAAAAAAGGCCAUCCCAACAGCAGCAAUGCGCUUUGGAAUACCAGCGAUCUGACGGCACGGCUGUCCUGGAUAAAGUGGAAUUAGGGGCACCGCGUCCGUGGUUGAUUUGACCUCCAC